GGCAGAAGGAGCAGAUGCCUGGAUUCGAGGGCGCAGGAGAUGGGCUGGUGCAGACGUGGGGCCUCCUGGCUGCAGGGGCCGGCAGUGAAGAGGUUAGCUCCCAGCCCAGGCAGGGCAUAAAUUUGGGGCACAGCUCCCACCCUCAGGACCUGCCCGUCACAAUGGCCGUAGGGAAGUUCCUGCUGGGCUCUCUGCUGCUCCUGUCCCUGCAGCUGGGACAGGGCUGGGGCCCUGAUGCCCGUGGGGUUCCCGUGGCCGAUGGAGAGUUCUCGUCUGAACAGGUGGCAAAGGCUGGAGGGACCUGGCUGGGCACCCACCGCCCCCUUGCCCGCCUGCGCCGAGCCCCGUCUGGUCCAUGCCAGCUGUGGAGCCUGACCCUGUCCGUGGCAGAGCUAGGCCUGGGCUACGCCUCAGAGGAGAAGGUCAUCUUCCGCUACUGCGCCGGCAGCUGCCCCCGUGGUGCCCGCACCCAGCAUGGCCUGGCGCUGGCCCGGCUGCAGGGCCAGGGCCGAGCCCACGGCGGGCCCUGCUGCCGGCCCACUCGCUACACCGACGUGGCCUUCCUCGACGACCGCCACCGCUGGCAGCAGCUGCCCCAGCUCUCGGCAGCUGCCUGCGGCUGUGGUGGCUGAGGGUGCCCAGCCUGGCACCCAGGAGCUGCAGUGCUGGGGGAGCUCGGCUGACUUAUUUAUUGGAGACCUGGAUGCAGAGACAACGAGGAGGCGAGUGGGCUGGGGCGACCAGCAGUGAGUGCAAUAAAGGACACCACUCUCCCGGCCUCGUGACCUUGACCA